GAGUAGACAGCCAAGGAUUAAUAAGCAAAAACCGAAAAAGCCCACUAGCUGAACACAAAAAAAUUUUUGUCCGGGCGAAUAAUGGUCAACAACCUGGUCCAAACCUCAAUGAAAUAAUUGCUUAUAUUAAACCGACCAUUUUGAUUGGGUUAAGUGGAAAAAAGGAAAUUUUUACUCCCGCGGUUCUGGGCUUAAUGGCUAAAUACAACCCCCAGCCUAUAAUUUUUGCUCUUUCUAACCCGGAAACUAACAGCGAAUGUUCUUUGUCCGCGGCUAUGCAACACACUAACCAGCAAGUAAUCUUUGCUUCGGGAACCGCCUUUCCUGACUAUUCAAUUCCGCCCAGCAAUAAAAUCUAUCCGAGCAAUCAGGCUAAUAACAUGUAUAUUUUUCCCGGCUUAGAACUAGGUAUUUUAGCGACAAAAUUAAAAACAAUUAAUGACCUUGUGGUUUACAAAGCCGCUAAGGCCUUAGCCGCCAGUCUAAAUGCGAGCGAAAAAAAAGCUGGUUAUCUUUAUCCGGAUUUGUCCCGCCUGCCCGCAAUUAGCCGGCAAAUUGCCGCGACCAUAGUCAAUUUAAAAACCAAGUCUUAA